UGGAAUGGAUGGAAUGAUCAUAGCCUUGCUGCUUAUCCAUACGCAAAAUCCUGGCCAUCAACGUGGCAAGUGACUCCACAGAUUGCCGCCUACCCCUACGCCAAAUCGUGGUCAUCUGCUUGGCCAGCUGCAUCUCUGUACAAUGGCUGGAAUGGAUAUUAUAGCGAAGCGAAUAAAGCCCACUCGUGGGGUCUACCGUUGGAAAGCUACGGAGCCGGAUGGGGAUAUCAAAAUCUGGCUAAAGUGGUAGCACCAGUCAAGAUUAACUCUUGGGGACUUCCAUGGGAAAACUACGGAGCAGGUGCUAAUGAUUGGGGAUACCAGCACGGACUGGUCAAGACGGUCGUUCCAGUAUCGAAGCAAAUUGCUGCCACUCCAGGAUCGGUUUUCGUUGCGCCAGUGUCAGUUGGUGGAGAGAAGGUUGUUUUGCACUAA